AAUUCUUGCGAAAUUGAGCUCUCUGCCUUUCUCGGCUUAUGAAUUUCGUAUGGUUUUCGGUAAAAUCGUUCAAUAAUAUAUGUGCGCAUAACCAAUAUUACUGGUCAGUGUUGCACGUGAAACUGCGGAUUUCGAAAGCCAUGCUAAAGUUACAAAAGUUUUCAGUGUCGUGACGGCCGGUCGGCGGGCAGACGCGAUGUCCGGGGGCGCGGCCGGCGCCGGCCGGCCCGGCCCCUCAAAAGGCCGGCGCACGCGCAGCCGGGGAAUGACCGGCGUGGCCAGCUCCUUCCAGAAACAGAGUGAAGACUUCCUCUGCCCGAUCUGCUUCGACGUCAUCGAGGAGGCGAUGAUGACACGCUGCGGGCACACGUUCUGUAACCGCUGUAUCGUGCAGAGCAUCCAGCUCAACGGCCGCUGUCCCAAGUGCAGCCGCGCGCUGGACGAGGACAGCAUCUACCCCAACUUCCUGCUCAACGAGCUGGUGACCAAGCACCGGCGCGCGCGGCGCACGCCGGCCCAGCUGAGUCGACUGGAGCCGGCUGAGUUGAAGGAGUACCUGGUCAGCGAGACGGCCGAACUCGGUCUACCUAACGUCAACCUGAUGCUGGAGCUGCUGCAGACGCGGCGGCGCGCGCUCGAGGCCGACUCGCAGCGCACGCAGAACGUGCUGCUGCGCGAGUUCCUGACCACGCUGCGCCGCCAGCGGGAGGAGAUGCUGCAGCAGUUGCAGCGCGAGCUCCAGGUGAUCGACACCGACCAGAAGCGCGUCGAGCAGGCGCUGGACGGCGAGCGGCGCGGCGCGGCCGGCGGCGGGGACGGCGCGGCCGCCGGAGACGCCGCCGGGGUGCCCUGCGUUCCCAGCAUGGAGGCGGAGCGCGGCGCGCUGCCCACCGAGUCCGUCUCACCCGACGUGGCCGGUCCGGUGGCCGUCUCCGAUGGCGAGGUGCCCGAGGGCUUCAACGUGGUGCGCGGCGCGGUGGCGCAGACUCCCGACUCGGACGCGCUGGCGCGGCGGCGACGUCAGGUACACAGUCACUUUGAUGACCUCGUGAAGUGUUAUUUCUCGCUGCGGCCGCGCGCGGUGCACCUCGGCGCGGGCGGGGAGGAGGGAGACGCCUGCCCGCUGGACUCAUUCAGUGACGCCCUGUCACGGCUGACACGAUACAGCGGAAUGCGGCCGCUGGCGUCUCUCAACUACUCUUCUGACCUGGUGGCCGUGCCAGCAUCGUCUCCAGCAUCGAGUUCGACAAGGACAAGGAGAUGUUCGCCAUCGCCGGCGUCACCAAAAGAUCAAGAUCUACGACUACGGGUUCGUGGUGCGAAACGCCAUCGACAUCCAUUACCGACGCUGGAGAUGGCCUGCACGUCCAAGAUCAGCUGCGUCGCGUGGAACGGCUACCACAGUCGGUGCUGGCGAGCUCCGACUACGAGGGAGCCAUCACCAUCUGGGACACGGCCACCGGUCAGAAGCGGCACGUUUUAUCAGGAGCACGAGAAGCGCUGCUGGAGCGUCGACCUUCAACCUGUAGACACCAACCUCAUCGCGUCUGGAAGCGACGACUUCACGUCAAACUGUGGCGGCCAACGCCACCACUCGAUCCUUCGCUGGAGGCGAAGGUGAACGUCUGCUGCGUCAAGUUCAACCCC